AUGGAGACAACUGCGAAAACAGAUAAGGAAACCCCCAGUGGCACUACGGACGAGGAUUACAUAGAAACAGGGAAUUUACUGACAGAUAUAGUACCUACACUGAGUCCGAAUGAGACUGGUCCAGCGAGCAGUGACCGCGAUGAUCGUUUGAAUACAGGACAAAAAGCUGAAGAAAUAGCGUAUGAGCCGACAAAAGACCCAGAAAACUUUGCUAUUGAGAUUGAAGUGAGUGGUUUCUUGAAGCUAACCAUGAAUGAUCAGCCAGGCAAUUCUCCGUAA